AUGAAGAAACCAAGCCAUGGCCCUGGGCAUGGGGAUUGCUGUGAUGUACAGCAACAUAUUGAUGAUGAUAAAGAAGACCGAAUAAAGAGAGCACUUACUCCAAAUGAUAAUUCAAAAAUUACAACAGAGGAUUAUAGAGAGAAGGAUUUGGCUGAAUUAGAAAAAAUACAAAAAACUGGUAGCAAUGCACUAGAUAAAAUGUCAAAAAUCGAAAAUAAAUUAUCCCCGGUAGACAUUACACAUGAUGUAUCUGGUCAUAAGAAAGACAUUACGGAAAUGUGCGUAGAUGCGACAAAGGGAGACACUAUAACGCAUCAUGAGGAACUAUCUGACAAAGAAAAUAUUGACGAAAAUAUAGAUGAUAAUGGGCCUUCGUUAUUGGUUAUGCCUGAGGAUUUGAUGUCUCAUGUGCUAACUUACUCAGCUACAAAUACUUCAUCGAACCUUUAUGCAUUAUGUGAAUUAUGGGACUUUGCAGGACAAAAGGAAUUUUAUGCUACACAUCAAGCAUUUUUGACAAGUAAUGCGGUAUACCUUGUUGUUGCAGAUAUGAAUAGCGAUAUCAGCAAACAAAGCACUAGUCAGUGUUUUGCUAAUUUUCAGGAUGUUGGAGGGUAUGUUGAUUUUUGGUUUGAUUCUAUCCAUUGUCAUCGAACGGUCGACAAUCCAGUGACUGAGCACUUUGAACCUCCUAUUCUAUUAGUUUUUACUGGAAAGGAUAAAUGUGACAAGGCACAGUUUACAAAAAGAAAAGAGGAGCUUGAUAAACAAAUAGAUGAAGUUUUGGGACACAGAAGCAAAUAUCAUCACUUGCACGAAAAGUUUUAUUUGUCAAAUACAGAAGAUUCUGAGGAAGAAUUCUUAACGUUACAAAACGCAAUCUUCAAGACUGCCAGAAAAAUGGAUAUUUGGGGUAAAGCUUUUCCGUUAAAAUGGAUUCUUUUAGAGCAAUUGAUUGAAUUAAAUAAAGACAAUGGGAAAAAUUUUAUCACUUUUACUGACAUGGUCAAUAUGGGUAAACAUCCUGAUAUCAAUAUACUAAAAAAAAAAGAUUUGUUGAUGUUUCUUAGAUUUCAACAUAAUGUAGGGAAUGUUAUUUUCUUUGAAAAUAUUCCGGAUUUAAUCAUACUGAAACCUCAAUGGUUGGCUGAUGCUUUCCGAUGUUUUGUCUCAGAUAGAGUUGAUAACAGUAGAUUGCACCACCUUGACGACUGGAUAUUGUUCAAGCAAUAUGGCAAAAUAAGUGAAUCUUUAAUAACAAAACUCUUCAAAUCAAAACAAGGAAGUCAGUUUUCAGGACAAAAGGUGAAUUUGCAUAAAAUUAUGGAAAAGCUUGACAUAUUGGUCAGAAUUGAAAACUCUCGCUUUUAUAUGAUGCCAAGCAAGAUGCCUGCUUCUGCUUUUGAAGAUGUAUGCAAAAGUGUUAACAUUCGAACAGAAGGAUGUAAAAGGACUUCGUGGCUGUGUUUAAAAUUUGAUUUUCUUCCACCUUCUUUCUUCAACCAUCUUUCUGCCUGGUUUAUCAGACACUACUAUCCUAGCAAAGUGGACAGUGCUAGUGGAUCAUUUGCUUUAUACCGCGGAAUUUGUAUGUUUGACAUUGAUAGAUCUGGUUGUGAAAAGAUUCUGGUUACAAUGUCGACUGAUAUAAUUGCUCUGCAGGUUGUUUCUUUUUCCAAACAACAAAGAGAAGUCGGAGAUACGUGUAGUAAUAUCUACAAUAAAGUGAAAGGGGUAGUUGAAGAAAUAAAAGAGAGUUAUAGGGUAAAAUUAUCAUUUGGACUCAAUUUCAAAUGCAGUGAUGGCGAUUUUUAUAAAGAUACUUUUGACUAUGACACUUUGACAAAUAACCAGGAGUGUUUCUGUCCACAGCAUAAAACAGUACAUUUAUCUGAAAAGUUAUACGCGCCUUGGAUGAAGACUGAGGUUAAAAGAAUUCCUGACAGAGCGAAACCAAUCACAAAGCAGGAUGACCUUAAUCCAAGUAAUAUCAUUUUUUGCAUAUUUUCCUAUCAUAUCUUUAUCCUUUAACCGAGUUCAUUUUUCUAGAACAUAUAGUUUUUUUUCGAUAUAACUCGUAAGUUCGAAAUUAAUAAUAAUAGGUCA